UAGCUCUAUCCUAUUCUUCCGGUGUAGAGCUCAAUACGGCUUUCCUGCGUUCCACUGAAUUUGUUCUCCCCUCACCACCGGCAGCUGUAGUGAGAAGGGUCCAUGGCAGAGCCCUGUGCAUUUGCACAAAAGAUAAGAAGGUAAAUGUGAAUGUGAAAGGCAUGGGUUUGCUUUCCAGACAGAAAUAUGGAAGCCAGUGGCACAGAUGAUGUGGAGAAAUUAAAAUCCAAGUUCUUAUCUGCAUGGCAUAACAUGAAAUAUAGUUGGGUACUGAAAACAAAAACCUACUUCAAGAGAAAUUCACCAGUGUUUUUACUUGGAAAAUGCUACCAUUUUAAAUAUGAAGAUUCUAGUGUAACAGCCAAUGGUCCUUCCAAUUCUGGCUCUGAAUCAAAUGAAGACCUUUCUGGAAAUGUGGAUGAGUUUCGGAAGGAUUUCAUUUCCAGAAUAUGGCUUACUUAUAGAGAGGAAUUCCCCCAAAUAGAAGCAUCAACAUGGACAACAGAUUGUGGAUGGGGCUGCACAUUACGUACUGGUCAAAUGCUGCUGGCACAGGGAUUGCUAGUACACUUCCUGGGAAGAGACUGGACUUGGACAGAGGCACUGGACAUUUUUUGUUCUGAAUCAGACUUUUGGACAGCAAACACUGCAAGGAAACUUGAUCCAUCUCUUGAAAAAUCUUCCCCUCAAAAUGAAGAAUCAAGCAAGCAACCAUUGCACAACAGUGAUGAGAAAAGUCAUUCUGAGGACUUGCACAGAAAAAUAAUAUCUUGGUUUGCAGACUACCCACUUUCCUAUUUUGGUUUACAUCAACUUGUGAAGCUUGGGAAAAAUUCAGGCAAAGCAGCUGGAGACUGGUACGGUCCGGCAGUUGUUUCUCACCUUUUGAGGAAGGCGAUUGAAGAGAGCUCAGAUCCAGAACUGCACGGAAUAACAAUUUAUGUUGCUCAAGACUGCACUAUUUACAAUGCUGAUGUCUAUGACCUGCAGUGUAAUAAGGGUGAUGAGAAGGCUGUUGUAAUUCUAGUUCCUGUGAGACUUGGUGGUGAAAGGACCAACAUGGAGUAUUUUGAGUUUGUAAAGGGAAUUCUAAGCCUUGAAUUCUGCAUUGGAAUUAUUGGUGGCAAACCCAAGCAGUCCUAUUACUUUGUGGGGUUUCAAGAUGACAGUUUGAUUUACAUGGAUCCUCAUUACUGCCAAUCUUUUGUUGAUGUCAGCAUAAAGAAUUUCCCUCUUGAGUCUUUCCAUUGCCCUUCUCCUAAGAAGAUGUCUUUCAAGAAAAUGGAUCCCAGUUGCACAGUUGGAUUUUACUGUAGGAAUGUUCGAGAGUUUGAAAAGGCAGCAGAGGAACUUACAAAGGUGCUGAAAUCUUCAACCAAGCAGAAUUAUCCUUUAUUUACCUUUGUAAAUGGACAUGCUCAAGACUUUGAUUUUGUCUGUACUCCAGUCUACGAUCAAAAUGACCUUUUCACAGAGGAUGAAAAGAAAAGAUUAAAAAGAUUUAGCACAGAGGAGUUUGUCUUGCUUUAAAGACAUUUUGCACCAGACUCCUGGCAGCAGUCCAUAGCACAUUCAUUCUAACAAAAACACAAGGAAAGAACACUAGACUUUUUAGAUUUUUUUUUUUUUUUUUAAAUAUAUUUUUAAAUUAAAAUUUUAAAGUUUUUAAUGCAAUAGAGAGCUUUUUCUUAAGUUUUUGUAAUUUUGUAAAAUUUGUACUAAUAACAAUAUAAUGAUGCGCAGAAACAGCUCUGCUUUAGAAAUUGGAAAGGAUGCACUAUUAAUUGUGUUCUGUUCAUUUAAGGUGUACUUUUGAACUGUAAAUUAAACCAUUUUUUUCUUUUUUCAAACUAUUAUCAUGAUUAUUGUAAUACAUUUCAAUAAAAGUAGUUUGAUACCA